AAAGAUGACGACGGCCGGCAUCGAUCCUCGCUCCUACCCUUUCCAUUUGUAACAGAGUGAGAGUGAGAGGUGGAAAGCGAGAAAAGUGAGAGCUCUUCGCUCGCGGCGCCUUCUUCUCUCUCUCUCUCUCUCUCUCAUCAUUCUCCCCCACUCUUUUCUCCGAUCUGAAACCCACCCCUCAGGCGGACGAGAGAGAAAGCGAAAUGCGAUCGCGGCAAUCCCUACAAGAAUCCGACGGCGGACGUCCCGCAUUCUUUACCUAAUUGGCUUCGGCAUCAUCACUUCUCCCCGGGCUGCGGCGAUGGGGAGCGUCUCCUCCGAGGAGGCGGAGGAAGAGUACGCCUCCGACCAGCCGAACGAUGGCGGGGGCAGCCACAGCCACAGCCCCAGCGCCAAGGUGCCCGGGUCCGACUCCUCCAUCGAUUUGUCUGGCCGCCGAUUCCCCGUCGCCGGCGUCCCGCUGCAUCCCGGAGGGGAUGUGCUCUUCUGGGAGGCGAACGUGGAGGAGAGGGCGACGGAUUUCUCCGAGGUGGAGAUGAUGAAGGAGAGAUUUGCCAAGCUGCUCCUUGGCGAAGACAUGUCGGGCGGUGCCAAAGGCGUCUGCACCGCUCUCGCGAUCUCAAACGCCAUCACGAAUCUCUCCGCUGCAGUUUUUGGGGAAUUAUGGAGAUUGGAGCCCCUGGCGCCGCAGAAGAAGACAAUGUGGCGAAGGGAGAUGGAUUGGCUCUUGAGCGUAAGUGAUUAUAUCGUGGAACUCGUCCCCUCCAUCCAAGAGUUACCCGGCGGCAGGUCGUUCGAGGUGAUGGUCUCUUGUCACCGCACUGAUCUCCAGAUGAACCUCCCAGCGCUCAAGAAGCUCGACGCAAUGCUUCUUGGCAUGCUGGAUGGAUUCUGCAAUACUGAGUUCUGGUAUGUAGACCGGGGAUUCCUGGUCACUGAUGCUGAUGAAGAUGCAAGCAAGACUUGUCCAUCUUCCUCGUUCAGGAGGGCGUCUUCGAGGCAGGAGGAAAAAUGGUGGUUACCUUGUCCGGGAGUUCCACCAACUGGUCUGUCAGAGGAGGCAAGGAAGAGAUUGCAGCUGUCCAGGGAUUGUGCGAAUCAGAUCCUGAAGGCAGCCAUGGCAAUCAAUAGUGCAGUGCUCUCUGAGAUGGAGACUCCUGAUGUCUACUUUGAAACAUUACCUAAGUAUGGGAAAACCUGUUUAGGUGACAUCAUCUACCGCUACAUAACCGCUGAUUCAUUUUCACCUGAGUGUCUACUCGACUGCUUAGAACUUUCAUCUGAGCACCAUAUUCUAGAAAUAGCGAAUAGGAUUGAGGCGGCAAUACAUGUUUGGCGGCUGAAGGGCCAAAGCAAGCAGUCUCAAUCUAAGGCAAAGAACUCAUGGAGUGGAAAGUUCAUUGGACUUGUUGGUGACACGGAAAGAUUUCUGUUCCUUGCAGAACGGGGUGAGGGUCUUUUGCAGAGCUUACGACUUCGUUACCCUGCUCUUCCACAGACUAUUCUUGAUAUGAACAAGAUUCAGUACAAUAAGGAUGUAGGGCAGUCUAUACUUGAGAGCUACUCGAGGGUUAUGGAGAGUUUGGCAUUUAAUAUCGUGGCAAGGAUUGAUGACUUGAUCUUUGUGGAUGAUGCUACAAAGAAUUGUGCAGCUCCGGAAUCCAUUUCUAUAUUUAACCGGGGAGGACUGGGAGGAAUUCCAAUUCAUAAGAGGAUAUCGCCCAGCCCAUUCUCGUUUCAGAAUACGCCUUCUGCCUCACCAUUUUGUCCUUCCACUCCACUUAUAGGAAGUCCAGUAACAGUGCCAUCUUCCUUGAGCAAGGGCAGCCGACAAGAACAACAAGAGGGGAAGGUGGAGAGGCUUAUUUCUGGCAAUGCAGAUGAGGUAUGGUCAUAUACUAGGGAACUAUGUUCGAGAAAAGAGACAGGUGAUGCCCCUGAAAGGAACUGACAUGAAAUAAAAAGUUAGUCGAUUGGCCUCGUGAAAGAUGGAUCUGGCAGCCAUCUAUCACAUGGAAAGCUUUGACGAUGAGACAUGAGCCGAUGGUUGUCUGAUUGAUGGGCUUAUUCCUGUACAGAAGUAACCGAUAUCAAGUUUCGCUCUUUACACUUUAGAUGCAGGUAUGGAUCUUGUUACAUGUCUACCUUCAACUUAUUUUUUAAGAGAGUUGUUACCUAUUAGUAUUUUGGUUUUAAAAGGUAUUCAAAACAACAUCACCGGUGAAACUGUUCAUGAAAUUGAUAUGCUAAGCCUUGCAGAAAUGUUGUGCUUGAAAGAUUGAACUUCAUAGCAUGGCUGGGUCAAGUAAUGGUUACGACGACGUCUGAAUGGGGUGUAAAGAAUGCUAACCUCUGCAAAUCGUGAGAGUUAUAGUGAAUGUUUAGUUGUAUUGUGAUGUAUGGCCUCAGACUUGGGUUUGUCGCACGACUUUGGAAACCAUCGGAUUAAGACCUUUAGUUGAUGCUUUAACUAA